GCAACCAUCUGGAGAUAGCGCUUAAAUGUGCGGAGUCCGGCAAGGCCACCUACAUAGAGAAACCUAUGGCGCGCAAUUCAACGGAAACAAAGGAGAUCGUUGAAGCGUUCAAGAAGAACCACACGUACUUGUUUGUGGCGUACUACCGCCGCGGACAGACUUACUUCCACCAUGCUAAGGUGUGUGUGUACCUCCAUACGACCACGUGCGCUGGGUGUGAGGGAUAUGUGUGCGGGUCUUUGCAUGGUGUGACAUAUGCUGUGUGUGAGGAUUGUCUGUAUUCUGGUGUUAACAGCUGCAGGAUAUGA